AUGUGCCAGGUAUCGUUCAAGCGUCGGUCCCCAUCCACCCCACCCGCUAUCCCCUCCGCCAAACCCGGUCCUCUCCACGACCUCAAGCGAUUCCUCAACCACCACCUCCCACACCCUCUCCCCGUCCCCUUACCCCACCGCCAUCCGUCCUCGUCCCAGACGAGCUCUGCCACCCCGUCCUCUCACAACCCGUCUCCCUCCUCCACUCUCCCCUAUCCUCACCUUCUUCCCCACGACCAGAGAAGGGGUCGUGACUUCGACACCUCUGCCAUCGUACACGCCAUCCCCAUCCUUGCUGCCACUGCACAGGCUGAUCUUGGACAACUCCCUGUGACUCCACCUGCCGUUCCCACCCCACCCCACAAGCGGGACAAGGAUUUCUUUGGCUUCAUCCAGAAAGCUCGUCGAAAGGAAAAGGACUUGGACAAACAUCCCCGCAAGAAACAGCCGCCUUCACCGAACUCGUCCGCUUCGUCCAGGCAACAUAAGUCUCGCUCUCCCCCUACUACCCCCGAUGCCAGCGGAACCUGCACCCCAUCUCGGUCUGUCCCUUCCCUCUCCACCGCAACUCACGCCCAUCUGUCCAAAAAGUACGGUAAAUGGGAACGUGUCCUGGGUUCCGGCGCUGGUGGCACCGUACGGCUCAUUCGUGGCCGUGCAAAGUCAGGCGGUGCUGUCUACGCAGUCAAAGAAUUCAGACCACGCCGCACAGGCGAGACAGAACGGGAAUACGAGAAGAAAGUUCGUGCAGAAUUCUCCGUCGGUGCAUGUUUGAAACAUGUCAAUGUGAUCGAGACAGUCGACAUCGUUUGCGACCACGGCCAUUAUUACGAGAUCAUGGAAUACGCUCCUUACGACCUCUUUACGGUCGUCAUGUCUGCCAAGAUGCUCAGGCCGGAGGUCUACUGCGUCUUCCGACAAAUAUGUGAUGGCGUCGCUUAUCUCCACUCUUUGGGUCUCGCACACAGGGAUCUCAAACUAGAUAAUUGCGUUCUAACCAAGGGUGACGUUGUCAAACUCAUCGAUUUCGGCACUGCAGUCGUAUUCGCUUACCCCGGGAGCUCCAGUUGGGGUGGUGCCAGUUCCAACACCUCCGGCGUCGAGACGUCCAAUGCACCAGGUACUAGUGGCAACGGACGACCGGUGUUAGGAUACACUAGCACUCAACCAUCUAUGCCGCACACUCAUGCUCGUCUCAUCAAGGCAACAGGCAUCGUCGGCAGCGAUCCUUAUCUCGCUCCAGAAGUCUUGGCAGGCGCUGAUUACGAUCCACGCAAAUCGGAUGUAUGGAGUGUCGGUGUUAUUUUCGUAUGCAUGAUGUUGCGUCGCUUCCCGUGGGCCGUGCCAGAUCGCGAGCGGGAUAAUUCGUUCAAGGCUUUUCUAGAAGCUGAGAGCGAGAACCCUACGCUCCAGCAUGAGGCUGCCAAGGCCAAGACGACUGCGCUUCGCACCAAGACCAAGAAAGUAGAGGACCCGGCCAAGAGGAAACGGAAAGGGAAUGGUGUCGGAAAGAGAGCGGAGGAAGAUGUGGCGAAGAAAGAAGACACUUCCGCAGCCAACACGACGGCCGGAACUCUGAACAAGAAAGACACCCUCACAGAUGGUCAGGAGCACGAAGACUGUCGUCAACAUCAGCGUCAACGGUCCAUUACCCGUCAUGUGCUUUUGAGCCCUGGUCAAGGAAUUCGCACGACGACGUUACCUGUUCUUUGCAGUAAUCCAGAACCGGCGGAAGGUACGGAGAUGGACAAGAGUGUAUUGGAGUUUGGUCGGCCAGGACAAUCGACGGAGAGUUUGCCUGCACUGGGGAAUCCCUCUCCCUCGAAGGAGUUGAAGACGUCAGAGCCUGCGUCUGUACAAUCCCCGCCGUCUGCCAGUACCUCAUCUCCGUCUGAUAAGCCUGUACCUUCUACCGUGAAACGUACGCCCGCCGAUGGCAAUGGAAGCACCUCGCCCUCUCCGCAGCCGCGUAAGCCCACCUACACCCGUGCACGGACCUCUUCGCAUUCCUCUCCCAAUUCAAUAUUCCGACUUCUUCCGCGCGAGACGCGACCUGCACUCAGACGUAUGCUGUGCUUCGACCCGCGUGCGCGUGCGACCAUGGGUGAGUUGUUGUUUGGGAGAAAGCACGCCCCAGGAGUCUUCGCUUUGGACGAAGGGGACAAAUGUUAUUGUGAGGAAGACUCGGAAAGUUCUGAUCACGAAGAGGACAAUGACAGUGGGCCAGAGGACGAAGAGUCGGACGAAUACGAUUCGUGGAUACGGAGCAUCGAAGUGUGCACGUGCGACGGACCACCCAAGCAUGUGCAUGUGAGGAUUGCGGACGAAAAAGCUGGUCGAAAGAAUGUUUUUCUAGCGCUUCUGCCUACCGGGGACAAUUGCGUUCUCCUCUGA